AUAAAUUCAAUAAUCAAUUUAUCAACAAUAAACCACCUGAAGCUAAAUUCAAUAAUCAAUUUUUCAACAAUAAACCACCUGAAGCUAAAUUCAAUAAUCAAUUGUUCAACAAUAAACCACCUGAAGCUAAAUUCAAUAAUCAAUUUAUCAACAACAAGCCACCAGAAACUAAAAUCAAUAAUCAAUUUUUCAACAAUAAGCCACCUGAAACUAAAAUCAACAAUCAAUUUAUCAACAAUAAAACUAUCUAUAAUCAACCUAAGUAUAAUACUACAAAGCAUAAAUAUUCCUCGUUCACAAUAAAUUACACAAUCAAUUCUCCAAUUAAUCGUGACACAAUAAAAAAUACAUUUCAAAUUCCUGAAAGAACAACGUUAGAGGAGCUACUUUCUUGCAUAAACAAACAAGUUACCAACUCUUCUUUUAAUAAUAUCUCUGAAGGUAUUCCGAGAAAGUUUUACUAUGAAAAUAAUUUUAAUCAAAAAAUUAUGAUAGUUGAUGAAGAAGAUUGGAGGAUUGCUAAAUGGGAAAGAAAGAAAUCUGGUAAUACGGAAUUUUCUAUAAAGUUUUGUUGA